GAUCCCUAUAUAAAUAGAACGGAUCAGCAUAACUUUGGGAUAAAAUUAGCCGACAGUUUGUGCACUCUGCAGCAUGUGGCUGUUUGCUUGGUGCUGCUCUCCUGAUAAAUCACAACAAAGCUUCCAGAGGGAGAGGAAGGAUGGACGGCACCGCUGCCCCUGUCACUAAAUCUGGAGCUGCCAAGUUAGUUAAGAAAAAUUUCCUUGAGGCUCUAAAGUCAAAUGAUUCUGGAAAAUUGAAGGCUAUUUUAGUCCAAAGGCAAAUAGAUGUGGACACAGUUUUUGAAGUUGAAGAUGAGAAUAUGGUUUUGGCGUCUUAUAAACAAGGUUAUUGGUUGCCUAGUUAUAAAUUAAAGUCUUCCUGGGCAACAGGCCUACAUCUGUCGGUCUGGUUUGGUCAUGUGGAAUGUCUUCUGGUGCUACUGGACCACAAUGCUACAAUCAACUGUAGACCCAAUGGGAAAACUCCUCUCCAUGUGGCUUGUGAAAUGGCCAACCUGGAUUGUGUUAAGAUCCUCUGUGACCGUGGUGCAAAGCUCAAUUGCUACUCCUUGAGUGGACACACAGCUUUGCACUUCUGUACAACUCCAAGCUCCAUUCUCUGUGCCAAGCAAUUGGUUUGGAGAGGGGCAAACGUGAACAUGAAGACCAACAACCAAGAUGAGGAGACGCCCUUGCACACUGCCGCCCACUUCGGCCUCUCGGAGCUGGUGGCCUUCUACGUGGAGCACGGGGCCGUAGUGGACAGCGUGAACGCGCACAUGGAGACCCCCCUGGCUAUUGCGACCUACUGGGCCCUCCGCUUCAAGGAGCAGGAGUACAGCAGGGAGCACCACCUCAUCUGCCGCAUGCUGCUCGACUACAAAGCAGAGGUCAAUGCCCGGGAUGACGACUUUAAAUCCCCCCUCCACAAGGCAGCCUGGAACUGUGACCACGUGCUCAUGCACAUGAUGCUGGAGGCUGGUGCCGAGGCCAAUCUCAUGGAUAUCAACGGCUGUGCCGCCAUCCAGUAUGUGCUGAAGGUCACCUCCGUGCGACCCGCUGCCCAGCCUGAGAUCUGCUACCAGCUACUGCUCAACCAUGGGGCUGCCAGAAUAUACCCUCCCCAGUUCCAUAAGGUGAUACAGGCUUGUCACUCUUGUCCCAAAGCGAUCGAAGUUGUCGUCAAUGCCUAUGAACACAUCAGGUGGAACAUAAAGUGGAGAAGAGCUAUCCCUGAUGAUGACUUGGAGAGAUACUGGGAUUUUUACCACUCUCUCUUCACCGUGUGUUGUAACUCUCCAAGGACUCUCAUGCAUUUAUCGAGAUGUGCCAUUCGAAGAGCGCUGCACAACAGAUGCCACCGAGCAAUUCCUUUGCUUGCCCUCCCAUUGUCAUUGAAAAAGUACUUGCUUUUAGAGCCAGAGGGAAUCAUUUAUUAA